UCCUGCUCCCGCCGCCGCCGCCGUCCGUCCGUCCGUAGUCCGCGCUCCCGAGCCGCCGCAGCGCCGGGUGCCCCCGGACUUUAUAAGGAUUUGACCUUACUCAAAAUGUGCAAAGAAGAAUGAUGGAAGCCCCUGAAUACCUUGAUUUGGAUGAAAUUGACUUCAGUGAUGACAUCUCUUAUUCAGUCACGUCACUCAAGACCAUCCCGGAACUGUGCCGAAGAUGUGAUUCGCAAAACGAAGACAGAUCAGUUUCUAGCUCUAGCUGGAAUUGUGGUGUCUCAACUCUUAUUACAAACACACAGAAGCCCACGGGAAUCGCCGAUGUAUACAGUAAGUUCCGCCCAGUGAAGCGAGUGUCCCCACUGAAACAUCAGCCAGAGACUCUGGAGAACAAUGAAAGUGAUGACCAGAAGAACCAGAAGGCAGAGUACCAGAAAGGGGGUGAUUCUGACCCAGGCCCCCAACCUGAGGAGCUCAGCCCCAGAGAUGGAGAGAGCAGCCCUCCAAGUAAGAGCACGGAACCCAGCCCCUUGCUGGGCGAACUGGAGCAUUAUGACCUCGACAUGGAUGAGAUUCUGGAUGUGCCUUACAUUAAAUCCAGUCAGCAGCUUGCCUCUUUUACCAAGGUGACUUCAGAAAAAAGAAUUUUGGGUUUAUGCACAAGCAUCAAUGGCCUUUCUAGCAAAGCCUGCUCUACAGGAAAUGCUGAGAACUCACCGUCCAGCAUGACACCAUUUUGUGUUCUCUCUCCUGUGAAAAGCCCUCACUUGAGAAAAGCAUCCUCUGUCGUCCGUGACCAGCAGAAGCUCUCCACUGAAGAAUCUGAGAGUUCUCCUCCUCUGGUUAAAUGUGGCUCUGCAUAUGAGCCUGAAAACCAGAGUAAGGACUUCCCAAAUAAGACCUUUAGUGAUCCUCAUGGUCGGAAAGUUGACAAGGCGAUGCCAGACUGCCAGCUCAGGGCCUUCCAUCUGCAGUCCUCAGCACCAGACCCCAAACUAGAGGAGCAGAUCGGUGGCAUGAACUGGACCAGCUCCCAAGGCCCAGAAGAAAGGAGUGAGUACCUGAAAAAAGUAAAAAGCAUCUUGAACAUCGUUAAAGAAGGGCAAAUAUCUCUCCUGCCACACCUAGCUGCCGACAAUCUAGACAAAAUCCAUGAUGAAAGCGGAAACAAUCUCUUACACGUUGCCGCAGCGCAGGGACAUGCAGAAUGUCUGCAGCACCUCACGUCUUUGAUGGGAGAAGAUUGCCUCAACGAGCGAAAUGUGGAGAAGUUGACUCCAGCGGGCCUGGCCAUCAAGAAUGGUCAAUUGGAGUGCGUACGCUGGAUGGUGAGUGAAACAGAAGCCAUUGCUGAAUUGAGUUGUUCUAAGGAUUUUCCAAGCCUUAUUCAUUACGCAGGUUGCUUCGGCCAGGAAAAGAUUCUGCUGUGGCUUCUUCAGUUCAUGCAAGAGCAGGGCAUCUCACUGGAUGAAGUGGACCAGGAGGGCAACAGCGCCGUUCAUGUGGCUUCCCAGCAUGGCUACCUCGGGUGCAUACAGACCCUGGUUGAAUAUGGAGCAAAUGUCACCAUGCAGAACCAUGCGGGGGAAAAGCCCUCCCAGAGCGCUGAGCGCCACGGGCACACCCUGUGCUCCCGGUACCUGGUGGUGGUAGAGACCUGCAUGUCGCUGGCCUCCCAGGUGGUGAAGCUAACCAAGCAGCUGAAGGAACAGACAAUGCAACGUGUCACACUGCAGAACCAGCUCCAACAACUUCUAGAAGCCCAGAAAUCAGAGGGCAAAUCACUCCUUUCUUCGCCCAGUUCGCCAUCCUCCCCAGCUUCCAGAAAGUCCCAAUGGAAAUCCCCAGAUGCAGAUGAUGAGCCUAUAGGCAAAAGCAAACCAGGAAUCCAAGAGGGGAUUCAAGUUCUUGGAAGCCUGUCCGCAUCCAGCCGGGCUAGGGCCAAAGCUAAAGACGAAGAUUCGGAUAAAAUCCUACGCCAGUUAUUAGGAAAAGAUAUUUCAGAGAAUGUCUGCACCCAGGAAAAGCUGUCCUUGGAAUUCCAGGAUGCUCAGGCUUCUUCUAGAAAUUCAAAAAAGACCCCACUGGAGAAAAGGGAACUGAAGUUAGCCAGGCUGAAGCAGCUGAUGCAGCGGUCACUGAGUGAGUCUGACACAGACUCCAAUAACUCUGAGGAGGCCAAGGGCACGCCCGUGAGAAAGGCUGACAGGCCCAGACCACAGCCUGUCGUGGAAAGCGUGGAGAGUAUGGACAGCGCAGAGAGCUUACACUUGAUGAUAAAGAAACACAGCUUGGCAUCAGGACGCAGGUUUCCUUUUAGCAUCAAGGCCUCCAAAUCUCUGGAGGGCCACAGCCCAUCCCCCACCUCAGAGAGCAGCGAGCCAGACUUGGAAUCCCAGGGUCCAGGCUCGGGAACCACUCCCCCAAGCCAGCCCUCUGGAGAACCCCCUCAGCCCAGCCCUGACAGCACAGCUGCCCAGAAAGUGGCCACGAGUCCCAAGAGCGCCCUCAAGUCCCCAUCUUCCAAGCGCCGGACAUCGCAGAACCUGAAACUCAGAGUUACCUUUGAGGAGCCUGUGGUGCAGAUGGAGCAAACUAGCCUUGAACUAAACGGAGACAAGGACCGAGAUAAGGGCAGGACCCUCCAGCGGACCUCCGCAAGCAGUGAACCAGGGGAUCAACUGAAAAGGCCUUUUGGAACCUUCCGAUCCAUCAUGGAGACGCUAAGUGGCAACCAGAACAAUAAUAAUAACUAUCAGGCAUCCAACCAGCUGAAGACCUCCACCCUGCCCUUAACCUCACUUGGGAGGAAGACCACAGACGGUAAGGGAAAUCCCGGGAGCUCUGCUAGCAAAGGAAAGAAUAAGGCGGAGAUGUACGACAGCUGCCUCAAUCUUUCCUCUAACACGCUGAUUGAAGAGCAUCUGUGUGACUAUGCACGGCAUGAUGACAUCAACAGAAAAAUGAAGAAAUCCUACAGCAUAAAGCACGUCGCUGAGCUAGAGUCAAAAGAAUUCUUAUAAAUCACUUUUUUCUUAUCUCUCAUUGCUGCCCUUUGGACACCAUUGGAAACGUCUGGACUGUCCUCUGCGGAAAUAAAAUCACGAGAACAGUGCCUCACCAGCAGAAGAAUAGAUUAUCGGGAUGCCUUAAAUUUAUAGCACUAGAGUAUAUAAGACACAUUUUUGGGUGAUAUUUGUAUAUACAACUUGUUUUUAAAGAGAUGCUGUUUAAAAGCAUGGUUGGGCAAAUGUAUGUUUUUUAAGAUUGAUUCAGCCUCCCCACAGGACAUUCACCAAGCCACUGUCACCAUUUUGUAUUUCAUCAACCGCAUGGGUGUUUGCUGAUGUUGGUUGAACUUCCCUUUCCCCAUAACAUGGGCAGUUUGGGCUCAGCUUCUCAAUGAGACCAGGUCAGUGCUAUUGUUUUCUGUUAAGAGUGUUUUUUCUGUCAUUUCUACCUUUUGUGUAAAGGAAAUAAAACAAUGUUAACAGCCACCUAUAAGC